CGAACUCGCUGAGCAAGCAAGGAUACAGCCAAGGUAGCAGAGUCUUGGCCGAGCACCAAAACAUCAUCGCCAGAGCGUGUGUGUUGCCCAUUCCCUGUUUACGGUAAUUCCUUUUACACAGCACCAUGUCCGGUGAUGAAGCCUCAGCCGCUGCGACGAGUGAACUCCCAGGCGGGAGGACUGCAGGUGGGCGCAGACCGCUGCUAGCGCCAGCGUCUAGCCUGAUGUCAGCACCGGCAGAUGGGGCCCGUGGAGCCCGGAGCCAGUCCCGUUCUCCGCGGGGGGCUCUGGGCCCCGCUGACGUACAAGGGGCCCGCGCCGCCAGCUCCGACUUCGCAGCUGUGAAGAAGCUAGUGGAAGACGAGUUGAAGGGGUUCCUACCGAAUGAGCUGAUUAAGAGAAUUCAGAAAUCCACGAACGAUUUGAACGCGAGAAUCGCAAGUCUCCAGAAGGUGAACGAGAGGGCGACGAGCACCAAGAGCGAUGUGGAAGCUUUGAGUGCUGGCCGGGUCCCUUCUGGGUGUCGACCCUUCACGUUGGCAUACGAGUCGCCGUUCUUGGACACAGAGCGCGUCGUUGACCUGAGUUUCCGCCUUGACCUCUCCGGCAAGACGCUGCGGGAGGCGAAGCAAGAGGCCUACUGCGCGCACCUGGCCAUUCAGAAGAAACUCGAUGUGCUGCUCCUGGCCAAGCAGAGGGACGACCUGCGCAGGCUCACGAAGAGGGAUUACUUCGUCGAGACAUGCGCGGCCGCCCUGUCCGACCAGACGUCCAGAGUUUCAGGCCUGGACCUCGAUCUGGACCUGGACAACGACGACGGCUUCCAGGUCUCCACUGCCGGCGUCGACGCCGAGCGGUUGAAGGCCAAAGCCACCGCCAUCUACGCCAAGGCGGUGGCUCGAGCUUCAGACGAGAAGGCUCGCAAGCAGCAGGAGAAGGCCAAGCAGGACCAGGCCCAGGAGAAGCUGAUCCAGCAGAUGAUGGGGACGAGCCCUGCGGACCUCUUCAACAUGGCCGUGGAUGCUCGUGUGAUCGCUCGCCAGCGCGUGCCUGGCCGAGCAGGUCCGGCAGGUGGCGGCACCAUAGCCGCCCAGGCGGCAUCCCUGUACACCUCCACCAUGGCCGCUGGCCAGUCCUCUGUCGACCGCGCCGACGCCGUACGCUUUGCUGCCUUAUCAAAAAACGGCACGUCCCCGCCCGGACAGGGCGGGGGCAAGGACAAAGGCAAAGGCAAAGGGCGAGGCGACCCGAAGGGCAAGUCCAAGGGCAACGGGAAAGCCACGCCCUCCCCCAAGGGCGAGUCAAAGGGCAAGUCCAAGGGCAAGGGCAAAGGCAAGAGCAAGGCAUCCGGCAAGACGAGCGCCGGGAAGGGCGCUGGCGCACGAGGAAGCGCGAGAGGGUCUGGACGUGGCAGAUCCGCCGGAGGCAGGCGGCGAGGGAGGGGGACGUGACGGUGAGGCUGGCCCGUUUGUUCCUGCAGUUCACUCGUGAUCUCCCCGCCCCUGAUUUCAACUCUUUGCUUUCGUGUGAUGAUAAACCAGUUUAUUUGUUUCACCCGCGUUCGAAUUGUGCGACUGUCCCUUCAGGUACCGAGCUGGCCUGGCCAGUCAGGUUUUUGCUUACGAUGUUUCAUCGAAAGCACGUGUUUUGCAUGACACCCAAAUCUUCUUUGUCUCACGUUUCUCUUGCCCUUUGGAAUUGGGAGCAUAAGCUUCGUUGGAGAUGGUUUUUCGGAUCUAACGCCGAAGACCCAACAGCUGGCGAAAGUUGGUGGCGGUUGCGAUCCAAGAAAAGAUAUUGCAAGCCGUGUGAUGUUGUAUUGCC